UUGGACCUUUGAAGUGAGGCAUGAAAGCAGAGCCUUUUAUUUCAUUUCCCCAUGAACUAAGCACAAUUUAUAUACAGAGAUUUGCGACCUCAUAUUGCUUUAUUGUGCCUACCAAUCUGAGAUUCAAUACUGCCUUGCUAGAACGGCCUUCUUGCGAGUAACAUUAGUCCAAGCGAUGUUUACUGCCACUACGGAAGAUUGAGCCUACCUGUCCCCAAAUCCCAAGAGACCCCGGCCCAUCACUCCCGUUACUUCCGUCGAGCCCCAAAUCCUCAAACCCAAACUACUAUUUCAUCAACAAGCUCUAUCAUACUAACAAGCUUUCUGACCGUCCCUUAAUGCUGCUAGACUAACAGCUGCCUCAACCACUCAAACAGCACCCCAUUCCAAGAUGUCUUCCUCCACCCCCCUCGUCGCCCCACCCCACAUCCUCCAGCUCCUCUCCACCCUCCACAAAAAGAGAAAGGCAAGGGUCGUCUCCUCCGACAUUUUAGACAGCCUCGCCGACAGCCAAACUCCUGUCCUCAAGCAGGAUGAAUUUGACCGCCUCAUGCUGGACAAGUUCAUCGCCCUGGACGCGGACAAAUGCCAGUUCGUCUACCAGCUCCUCACCGCCAUGGGCGCCACCACCGUCAUCGAGGCGGACACCAGCUUCGGCGUGAGCGCCAUCUACCUCGCCCUCGCCGUGGGCAAGACCGCCGCCCGCACGGGCACGUCCGGCACGGUGAUCGCCACCGAGAAGGAGCCGAGCAAGGCCGCGAUCGCGCGCGGGUUCUGGGCCGAGUGCGGGCCGGGGGUGGAGCGGGUGAUUGUUCUGCGGGAGGGGGAUUUGCUGGUUACCCUGCAGGAGGGGGUAUCGGAAGUGGAUGUGUUGCUUCUUGAUACAUGGUGUGCGCUGGAGCUGCCCACGCUCAAGACGGUUCUGCCGCGGCUGCGUGGGUAUAAGGAGCUUUUGGCGUUCUUGCGGGAUCCGGGGAAUGGGUUUCGGAAUGUCACGUUGCCGUUUACGGGGGGGAGGGGGUUCGAGAUGAAUACUUAUUCGCCUUGA